CAAAAAAAUAUAUCUUUAUUUUUUUCCUCGCUUCGUGGUGGUUGGUGUGGUCGAGAGAGAGAGAGAGAGAGAGAGAGAGAGGAGGGAGAGCAAGGGACGAAGGCAAUGGCGGCGGCGUCAUCUCUGGUACCUCAGUUCUUGGGGCUCGGCGUUGCAAGCGAGCGUGCCCCCUCCUUGUCCUCCACCCUCUUCUUCCAUCGCGUUGGCUCUCAACGCCGCUUCUUUUCUACUCGAAGAGCUCCCAGAGGAGUCGUCGCCAUGGCCGGAACAGGAAAAUUUUUUGUUGGAGGAAAUUGGAAAUGCAAUGGAACGAAGGACUCUGUUAGCAAACUUGUUGCUGACUUAAAUGAUGCUAAAAUGGAAAAUAAUGUUGAUGUGGUCGUAGCACCACCAUUUAUCUACAUUGAUCAGGUGAAUAAUUCAUUGACGGAUCAUAUUGAUAUUUCUGCUCAGAAUUGUUGGGUUGGAAAAGGUGGAGCAUUCACUGGAGAAAUAAGUGCAGAGCAACUGAUAGAUAUGGGGUGCAAGUGGGUUAUUCUUGGGCAUUCUGAGCGCAGACAUAUUAUCGGUGAAGAUGACCAGUUUAUUGGGAAAAAGGCUGCAUAUGCCCUGAGCCAGAAUCUUAAGGUUAUCGCGUGCAUAGGAGAGAAGUUAGAAGAAAGAGAAGCAGGAAAAACUUUUGAUGUCUGUUUUCGGCAGAUGCAGGCUUUUGCAGAUAGUAUUACAAGCUGGGAAAAUGUCGUAAUUGCAUAUGAGCCUGUAUGGGCUAUUGGCACUGGAAAAGUGGCUACUCCUGAACAGGCUCAGGAAGUGCAUGUUGCUGUUCGUGAUUGGAUCAAGAAGAACAUUUCAGCUGAGGUUGCGUCUAGUACUCGUAUUAUCUAUGGAGGUUCUGUGAAUGGGAGCAAUUGUUCAGAACUUGCAAAGCAAGAAGAUAUUGAUGGAUUUCUUGUUGGAGGUGCAUCUUUAAAGGGACCAGAAUUUGCCACAAUUGUCAACUCAGUGACUUCAAAGAAAGUUGCCGUUUGACUAUCCAUUUGAAGUCAGAUAAUCACGAAUAAGGUCAGGUGGCAGCUCCUCCAUUCAAAAGGGUUAUAACUCUGACCUUCGUCAUGAUCUCAUUUUGGUAAUCUGUAAUGAAUAAAUUCAUGUUCUUACCUUGUUUUGACCUCGCCUGAAUGUUAUCACGAAAGCUGUAUCAGUCAACGUUGCCUUGAUUUCUUCUUUGCAUGUAUUAUCACUUUUGUUGCUGGUAUAGAGCCAUAAAAUGCAUGAACAAAGCCGUCUAAUUCUUGACGUGGUACUUUGUGUUUCAUAUUUAUCUGUAUUCAGUUGUCCAACCUUUA